ACUGGUAUGUAAUUCUAGUGUUGUAGGAUAUCGCAUUUAUAAUAACUCUUCCUUUUUGCUUUAGCUCAUUGCGGUUAUGUUUAUCUUUGCAGGAGAAAUCGCGGUGACAAAAGCGGUGAACAUUACAUUAGGGGAUAUUUUGGACUACAUAGGAGAUUCCAUCAGGCCGCUUCGAGAAGGGCAAUCUGUUUUUGAAUCAGGUCAUGUUGUGUGCAUCGGUUAUACAAAUGAAAGUGAUUCCAUGAUUGAUAUUUGUGGAUUUGUGCUCCAAAGUUCCCAUCCAGGAGACGUUCCUCAUGAAGUUAAACUGCAUAUUGGCUACGAUUUCCGUCAUUGGAUUCUUCGAUGUGUAUGCAAAGCGGGUACCGCUAGAUGUAAACAUAUUGUCGCCUGUUUGCUUCAUCUCGCUAACACUCGCUUUGUAGAAUAUUUAACAUGUACCAGCUCUCGCCAAGCAUGGGGAAUUAGUAAAAGCGAGAAAACUGAUUUAUGGAAAGCCAAAGUUGUCAGGAAUCUUUGCUGUGCCAGGAAGCAUUCGCAACUUGCGGUGAUUGAUCUUGGCAACAUGAGGGAAUUGCUUAAACAAGGCUUUGAUCGUAUUAUGGAUGCUUCACCCGAUUCCGCUGUCAAGAAACACAUCACCGGAAGAGAGCAAACAUGUUAUAGAUUUCCAAUAGGACCACUGCAAACAAAUAAUUUGGACAAGUUUUUGACAAACUAUGAGCUUCGUGAUUUAAUUCAAAUUUCGGAUCAACAUCCCACGCAUUCAAUAGAUAUAAAAUUUGUUUCAGAUGGCCAUAAAAUGUUUUAUAAAAAACAUAUAGUCAAAACCUUAUCAGAAAUUGUAGGGAUUUGUAUAGAUACCAAGUUGCAAGAUAAUAGCAGCUGGAGGUUACAUCGAUCAAUAAGAAUAACUGGAAGUUCUUGUUAUCAGUUAUAUACUUAUUACAAAAACAAAAACGCAGAUUGGACAAAAAAGAUACAGUUAUACCUAUGUCCCAAAUCUUUGCAUACAAAAGCUAUUCAGUAUGGUAAACAGGUAGAACAGUUAGCAUUAGAUUGUUAUAUGAGGAAACGUAACCCUUUGAUCAAAAGGUGCGGUUUUGUGAUAAGUUUUAUAGAACCAUGGAUAGGUGUAAGCCCUGAUGGUGUAGAUCCUAUGAAUGGAGUACUGCUCGAGAUAAAAUGUCCAUUGCUUGGAGCUGACCAUAAUAUAGAAUGGGUAAUGAACGAAUGUAAAACCACAAAAACAUAUUUACGUAGAACCAACUCAGGGCUUCAGCUGAAUAGGAAUCAUAAAUAUUUUGCACAAGUACAGCUUGCUAUGUAUGUGUUGAAGCUACAUAAAUGUGAUUUUAUUAUUUAUUCAAAGUUCGAAGAUGAUUUCGCAAUUACAGAAGUUGAUUACGAUGAAGAGUAUGCGUUACAACUAGUAAGUGUAUUGAAAAUCAUCUAUUUCUCAUACAUGUUAUCACAAAUAGUGGGUAGAGUGACUAAUGUUUGUGCAGGUUAAACUGAUAAUUUAAUAUAAUGAACAUUGAAAUACUGGAUAGAAAAUAGAAACUGGUGAACAAAGACCGAGACGAAAACAAAUUUGGAAUUUGAAGUUGAGAUUCAUUGUUGAGGUCACGUUCGUGUAAUUAUAAGUAAAUGCAAUUUUGAUUUAUAUACUAUACUAGUAGAGCAUAGAAAAGGUACUGGAUAAUGUGUAGAUGACACAUGCCACAUAAUACAUAAGGUUGUUAGUUACUCGACUAAAAGCUGUAAUUUUUUAAAUAAGACAAAUUGUAGAGAUAUAGAACAUUGCUGAUCUGUA